UCCCUAGUUAAUCGUUUCUGUAUUCUGUUAUUUUAUAUAGAUUUACAUAGAUUUAAGAUAGUGUAAGUUAAAUAAAGUAUUCCUUUGCGUGUUGUCGUUAUUACCUACGAAUAGAAAUUGUAACAAUAAAUAGAAUUAAGAAAUUGUAAAUUGAAAUAAAAUAAAUAAAUAGACGCUAUAGAGUACCGAUCUGAAGAGACACGCGUCUCGUUCAUUUUCGCCCCGUCCCGCUCGCACAGAUCGCUAUCGCGAGUUGGAAACAUUAUCGUGCGAGCGGGCGGGUAUAAAGAUAGGCCGCCUCCCGUCGAGCGGCAUUCGCUUCCGGGCAGCGACGCACUACACUCGAGAAGAAAUAGGACAAGAAGAAAAAAUACUCUCUUCAGACGAAUGCAAGUGGCGGUCCGAUUGCUGGGCGUGCUGCUGCGACUUCUGAAUUUGCUGCUGGCUCCGAUUUUCUGGCUGAAGGCUCGGGACCGGCGACCACUACCGCCGGCGCCACCGCCGCUGCUGCUGCGGAGUGCAACCAGCCUUGCUGCUGCCAUCAGACAGGGCGAAAUCACAAGUGAGGAACUGGUCUUCGCGUACAUAGACCACGUGAAAGCAGUGAAUCCAGUACUGAAUGCAAUAGUAGAGGAGCGUUAUAGAGCGGCCAUAGAAGAUGCGAAGGCGGUCGACCGUAAAAUAGAAGAAGCAAAGAAGAAUGGAACGUUACAGCCACUUACCGCUGAGAAGCCCUUACUCGGUGUACCAUUCACAGUUAAAGAGAGCUGCUCUCUCAUUGGCAUGUCAAAUGCCGUGGGAUGCCUAGAACACGCUGGCCGGAAAGCCACGAAGGACGGCGAAGCUGUAAGACUGGUGAAGCAAGCAGGAGCGAUACCGCUCCUCGUGUCCAACACCCCGGAACUGUGCCUCGGAUGGGAAACGACGAAUUUAUUGCGGGGAACCACCAAUAACCCAUAUUGCUUGAACAGGACACCGGGAGGAUCGUCGGGCGGUGAGGGGGCGCUGCUAGCGUGCGGCGCGUCCGCCCUGUCGGUGUCGUCCGACAUCGCCGGCUCCAUCCGGCUGCCGGCCGCCUUCUGCGGCGUCUUCGGACACAAGCCCACGCCAGGUUUAAUAUCAAUAGAGGGUCACAUACCGACACUGAGCGACGAGAACUAUCCGCGGUUCUUGACCGUGGGUCCGAUGACGCGCAAGGCUGAGGAUCUGCCCCUCAUGAUGAACAUCAUGGCCGGAGAGAAUAGGCACAAACUGCAGCUGGACAAACCAGUCAACAUGAAGGACUUAAGGGUGUACUACAUGACGGAAGCGGCCAAUUCCCCCGCCUUACUCGACGUACACGAUUGCAUCCGUGACAAAAUCAAAAGCGCUGCCCAAUACCUAGAGAAGGAGUGUGGCUCUAAAAUCUGCGAGGAAAAGUUCAAGGAGCUAGAGAAUUCUGUGGAGAUAUCAAUAUCAGUGUUCUUCUCGAUGAAGGACAUACCGAACAUGCUUCAAGACCCGGCCAAUCCAAAACGUGACAAGAGCUUAGUGUUGGAAUUGAUCAAGUACAUGUUCGGCGGCGGCUCGCGGUCGCUGCAGGCGCUCGGCUUCGCGCUUAUAAACAAGACGAAGCUCUUCAUGCCGCAGUCGCGGAACGGAUACUACAGCGCCAAGGCGCAGAAACUUCGAGAACAUUUCGAGAGAGAGCUGGGCGAGACGGGCGUGUUCCUGUACCCGGUGUUCAUCGCGCCGGCGCACCGCCACCAGGAGGUGUUCCUGCGGGCGUCCGGCGUCAUGUACACCAUGGUGUUCAACAUCCUCGGCAUGCCCGCCACCACCGUGCCCGUCGGCUUCCACGACGGGCUGCCCGUCGCCAUACAGGUCGUAGCAGCGCCAAAUCAAGACCGGCUAUGUUUGGCGGUCGCGAAGCAGUUGGAGGUCGGUUUCGGUGGGUGGCGACCGCCAAAUCUACAUAAAUAAAUAGUUAUACCUAAUUAUAAGCAUAUCAACAAUCACAUGUAUGGCGUGGUUGCUUUUCUACUGGGAACUUACAUGUUUAAGGUUGUCUCUCUCGAAGUAGAGAUUUUUUUAUGUCAAUAUUAAAUAUAAUUAAACCAAUUUGAUUGGUGUUACAUAUAUAUAUAUAUAUAUAUAUAUAUAUAUAUAUAUAUAUAGUAAAUAUUGGUGUAUAUCCAGAGAACUUUACGAACUGUAUUUGAUCUAAGGUGCAGCAAAGAAGUUUUAAAUAUGAGGAUUUUUUUUUAUCACGUAUGGACGUAUUUAUUAAAUAUCCCAUUCGUAGAGAGUAAUAUAAUUAUUCUCGCUUAUUUAAUCCCAUAUGAUUUGUCUUUUACCACCCGUUCCAAGCUGAAGCAGUUUGGCAUUAUUUUGUUAUAGCCGGCCCCAAUUAUAAAACGAAUUUAUUCAGAAGUAUUUACAUAUAUAUUUUUUAUUUAUUCAAAAAUAUAUAUGAAAUAUAAUAAAUAUAUAUGAAAAAAUAUUAGAUAUUUCACUAGACAUGCGCUUAAUUGACCUUUUUGUAAAUUUCUGCAUUUAAUGUAAAACAUUUCUAAUAUAUAUAAUAUGUUGGAAUUGGAAUAUGUAUUUUAAUAGGUGUUACCUAAAAAAAUUUUUGACAUUGAUGACAUUUUUACUCUGUGUACGUAUGUACCAUAGAUUAAGGUAGUUGGUCACUAAACAAAAUUAAAUAAGAGACAUUAAUGGCGCUGGAAUAUGGGGUUUUUGUUAUUUUGUAAUAAAUAAAUCUAUGAAUAUGAAGUGACAGAUAUUACGCGAUCUUUUCUUAAUAAAUUAUAACACAUAAUCGCAAUGUUUCUUGCUAGUAUGUUUUUUAUACAAAGUUGUACAAUACAAGAGAGUAACGACAAAAAUUAUGUUAAAUUAUUACUAUAUCAAUAAAAAUAAAUAAAAUCACUUGCCAAUUUAGAAAUUUUGACUCAAAUUAUCUUUAAUUACAAAAUAACAAAAGUACACUCCAUUCUAGCGCCAUCUAGUAUUUAGUUUAGCCUAUUUUGUUAAGUGAUCAUUCACCUCGAGCAUGGUGUCUGCGGUCAAGAAUUUCCCGCCAAAACUUCUGUCAAAAGUUAGACAAGUCUCUCAUCGGGAAUGAGAUUAAGUGUCUAUUAUGUAUUAGUAAAAAAAAGUGACAAAUAUAAACAGUUAUGAUAAUUUACUGUUAUGUCUAAUCUCUUGGAACCCUAAGUAUUAUUACCUGUAAAUUGGUUGUAAUAGUAAAAUAUAUGGGUAAAAUGCAAGUAGGUAUUUAAUGUAAAUAGUUUAAGAUAUGUCGACAGAUUUUAAAUGUACACAAUGUAUUUUGAAUAAGUGCCCAGAUAAUAAGAAUCAUUAAAUUCUUAAAAUGUGAUGUGGAAAACAAAUACUAUUUUCUAUGUAUUUAAUUGUACUUCGAACUUCAUUUUCGUUCUGAAGCGCUGUGAAGUUACAGGAGUUUUGGAUGAUUGUAUUACACGAUACUAUGAAAUUAUUCUGUAGAAAUUAUUUGUACAUGUACUUGUUCAGUAUGUAAUUUUGUUACGAUAUUACAAAUAAACCCGUCGUAUUUAA